AGCAGCAGCUAUUGGUAAAUUACAGUUAGGCGAGCUUCAGCUGAACUAGUCGUCAGCUCUGUCAGUCGCUGGAUUUGGCUGUGAUGUGUAGUGUUUGUUAUAAGCUGAACUCUCCACUUCCUAAUGCUAGCGCCGGCGUGUUGUGUGUACAGGAUACACACACAAGCUUUAUUCUAAUCAACGAAAACAUUUAUUUUCAUUUACAAACAAGGAAUUGACUGUAUGUGUAGAUAAUUUUUUUUAAUCGAAUUUAGAGUGCAGUAGUAAAAUUCCAAAAACAAAGUAAAAAAAUAAAAAAAAAGAACUUUAUUUUAAGUUGUAAUUUAUUAUAUCUAUUUUAAUGUUAUUCGAAACACUACGCAAACGUUUUCUGUUAGAAUACACAGUGUUGGUCUUAUCCAGUGAAGACCUUUGACUUCAGUUUCCUUUACAUCUGCUCAUUCCAUCAUGUCGUCCCCUCCACAGAGAUUCACUGUCGUAGAAGCUGAUGAAGAAGUCCCACUUGGCGAGGUUGGUGAAUCAAGUCCAACUAAAGGUAAUGACAGCAAGGGGAACCAACAGCGCGAUUAUGGAUCUGUACCUUCAUCUUCUCCAACAUCCCCAUCCGGAGAAAUACCAACUAUUAGAAUCAUUGAUGACAACAACGGGAAAUCUGCUAACUACGUGGAUCCUUUUGAUGAUGAUGAAACUCCAAAUCCAAUAUUUUCAAAUAAAUAUGGUGAAAACACUCAGAAUCGAGAGCAUGAACCAUUGACCGAUAACAAUGACGAUAUUGGAGAUCAUCAAUUGGCUCUUUAUGAGGAAGAUUUACAACGAAGAGGUAAAGUUUCAAAUAUUAUCAAUCGAAUUGGUAAUUACCAAGCAGGAAUUGCUCCUAACCUCGAAGAGGAAGAGGCUGCACCAAAAAAGAGCAAGGGAGCCAAGCUAGGAACAUUGAUGGGAGUGUACCUGCCCUGCAUUCAAAAUAUAUUCGGUGUUCUGCUGUUUGUACGCAUGACCUGGAUUGUAGGAUCUGCUGGUGCCAUAGAAAGUUUUUUGAUAGUGAUCGUCUGCUGUUCCACGACAUUACUAACUUCAAUCUCCAUGAGUGCUAUCGCCACUAAUGGUGUAGUUCCUGGUGGAGGGUCAUAUUUCAUGAUAUCAAGGUCUCUGGGACCAGAAUUCGGUGGUGCUGUUGGUAUUUUAUUCUAUCUUGGCACUUCUGUAGCAUCGUCUAUGUACAUCAUUGGUGCUGUGGAAAUUUUACUAACAUAUAUUGCACCCCAGAUGUCAAUAUUUGAGGACAUGUAUCACAACUUUCGAAUAUAUGGAACAGCUACAUUAAUUUUACUGUCCACUUUCGUCUUUAUUGGUGUCAGAUUUGUCAGCAAAUUUGCCACCCUUUCGUUGGCCUGUGUCAUAUUGUCCAUUAUUAGUAUAUAUAUUGGAAUAUUUGUCACCAAUGAGAAUCGAAGUAUAAAAAUCUGUAUAAUGGGUGAGCGUUUACUAACUCUUGAGUCGGUUACUGCCAAUGGAUCCAUUUGGUGUGAUAAAAAUAUCUCAGGCCCUAUCUAUGCACACUAUUGUGGUGAUGGAAAUACAAGUGACAGUUGCAACUAUUUUUAUGCCAAUCAGGUUCGUUAUGUCCCUGGGAUACCUGGCAUUGCAAGUGGUCUAUUUGACACAAAUGCUUUCAGUAAAUACUCAAAAAUUAAUGACGUACCUGGGGGUUCUGAUAAAGGAGAUGCUGCUCGAGGAGAAAUCAUUGCAGAUAUUACUACCACAUUCAUGGUGUUGCUAGCUAUUUAUUUCCCAUCAGUCACUGGUAUCAUGGCUGGUUCAAAUCGUUCCGGAGAUUUAGCUGAUGCACAAAAAUCAAUCCCAACAGGAACUGUGGCUGCUAUUAUGACCACAUCAUUAGUCUAUAUAACAUCGGUCUUCUUUUUUGCUGCCUGUGUUGAAGGUCCUUUAUUAAGGGAUAAAUUUGGUGAAAGUAUAAAUGGUGGCCUUGUGGUAGCUAAUCUAGCCUGGCCCAAUGAAUGGGUUAUUCUUAUUGGCUCCUUCUUAUCAACUCUUGGUGCUGGAUUGCAGAGUUUAACAGGAGCUCCUCGUGUCCUGCAAGCAAUUGCAAAAGAUAGUGUCAUACCUCUUCUAGAUAUCUUCAGUGUGACCACAAAGAAAGGAGAGCCAUUUCGAGCAUUGCUGUUGACAGCUGCAAUAUCUGAAAUUGGAAUUAUUAUUGCCAGUCUUGACUAUGUGGCACCCAUCAUUACAAUGUUCUUUUUGCUAUGUUAUGGAUUUGUUAACAUGGCCUGUGCCCUUCAAACCUUGCUACGAACACCAAACUGGCGACCACGUUUUAGAUUUUAUCAUUGGACUCUUUCUUUACUUGGUCUUGGUCUUUGUAUAUCCCUUAUGUUCAUAUCAAGCUGGUAUUAUGCUUUGGCAGCCCUUUUCCUUGCAUUAUGUAUUUACAAAUACAUUGAAUAUAAAGGUGCUGAAAAAGAAUGGGGAGAUGGAAUUCGUGGACUUGCUAUGUCUGCUGCAAGAUAUGCGUUGCUCAGAUUACAAGAAGGACCACCUCAUACCAAAAAUUGGAGGCCCCAGUUACUUGUUCUUAUGAAACCAGAUGAAAAUUUGAAACCAAUGUAUCCAAAACUAGCAACACUUGCAACUCAGUUAAAAGCUGGUAAAGGAUUGAUUCUAGUCUCCAGUGUACUUGAAGGAGAUUUUAGAAAAACGUUUGCUAAAUCUCAAGCUGCUAAACAAGCACUUGAUCACUUGAUGGAUACAGAAAAUAUUAAAGGUUUUGCAGAUGUAUUAGUGGCAAAAAGUGUGAUUGAGGGGUUAUGUCACCUAACCCAAACAGCUGGCCUCGGUGGUUUGAAACAUAACACAAUUAUGAUCGGAUGGCCCUAUGGAUGGAGACAUAGUCCUGAGCAGAAGAGCUACAGGGUCUUUAUAGACACCAUCAGGAAUGUUGCUGGUGCCCAGUUGGCAUUAAUGGCCGUAAAAGGCAUUAACCAGUUCCCAGUUAACACGCAAAAACUAACCGGAACCAUAGAUGUCUGGUGGAUUGUUCAUGAAGGAGGUCUUUUGAUGUUGUUGCCCUUCCUGCUUAGACAACACAAAGUCUGGAAAAACUGCAAACUACGGAUCUUCACAGUAGCCCAACUGGAAGAUAACAGUAUUCAAAUGGAAAAGGAUCUUAACCAAUACAUGUAUAACUUACGUAUUGAAGCUGAAGUUAAAAUUGUUGAGAUGAGUAACUCUGACAUAUCUGCUUAUACCUAUGAACGAACCCUUAUGAUGGAACAAAGAACAGAACUGCUGAGUAAUAUGAGACUGCAGAAAGAAACGGCUCAGUCUAUAAUUGAUCGUGCUCAUAAUCCUACUUCUCUGGAGUCAAAAGAUGCGACAUUGGAAACAGUUGUUGAAGAGGCCAUUGAAUUCAAUGAUGCUGCCAAUUCACUAGAACUUGACCGAAGUCAAUACACAUUUUCUCCAUCAGAAGCAAAAUCACUUGGAAAAGAAUUAGGGAAAGAACUUUUCCAAAUGAAACCACAACAAAGAAUUUGUGAUAAAAAGAAUGUACGAAGAAUGCACACAGCAGUAAAACUGAAUGAAGUAAUUGUUGAGAAAUCCCAUGAAGCACAGCUUGUCAUAUUAAACCUACCAACACCUCCCAGGUCUGAAUCUGGAGAACAAAACUAUAUGGAAUUCUUAGAAGUUCUCACGGAAGGUCUGGAUCGUGUAGUAAUGGUGCGUGGCAGUGGUCGGGAAGUCGUCACAAUAUAUUCUUAAUCAAGAAAUACAGCUGCUGAAAUGGACUCCAGAUUUGUUGUAAACUGAAGCUCAUUUUUCCUCCCACCCACCUAUUCUUUCCCAUUUACCACCUCCUCUCUUGUACUGCUGACACUGAAGUUGAACACGAACAAAAAUUGCUGAUUAACAAAACUAGCUGUUGUUUCUUAAUUAGAAAUGUCUAAAAUAGAUAGAUCCUGAAUUCCUAUGAAUAUGGAACUAACAGGAAUGUAUUUUUGGCAGUGACUGACAUACAAUGUUGAAAAAGGAAGUUAUACUCUAAUUAUUACCUCCCUUGUCUCUGUAUACAUCACAUAUAUGAGACAAACCCAACAGCAAUAGUGUUUGAUAUGGUGAGAGGAUUAAAAAUGAAUUUUGACAAAAAAAAAAUGUAUCAGUUAACUUUCCCCUAUUGGAGUAUUUUUUAAAAGGAAUUGCUGUCUAUGAUUUUUUAAUCACGAUUUUACUUUGUUUAUUUUUUAUUGUUUUUUUUUUUUUGUUUUUGUUUUAAUCCACCUUUCUGUUAACGUGUUAUUUUAAUGGAAAGGUUUCUGCUGAUCAGAUAAUCCUGACUGGUGGUUAAUUAUUGCUGCAAAACUUUUAAAAUCAUUUUUGUUGGGUUGUAUUUAUAUUUUAUUUUUCAAUUUUAAGUGUUUAUAAUUCAUUUCUUUUUCUAAAUUAUUUUUUCCUCUCCUUUUUGUCUUCAGAAAUAAUUUAAAAUGUUUAUUUUGUUACCAAAGAAAUAGACAAAUCUGAUUUAAUAGCAAUACCAAACAUGGUUUUUAUCCUAACAUUUUUUUUUUUUAUUUUGCUGCCAUAUGGUCAUUUAUAAACUCACCGAGAAACCAAAUUUGUUUAUUUAAAUGGAAUUAUUCUAAAUGUGAUACCUCUCCAACACUUUAUCCAUAAAUAAAGAAAACCCAAGACUA